AUGGUGACAACCGUCAAGCCGAAUACCUCCUUCGAUACACUCAGACGGGAAGACCUAUUCCGCAAUCCACCAAAAGACAAAUCUGCCUUUCCGGCAUUACUGGGUGCCGUGAAGCCGCAUAUCGAGUCUUUCAAUGCGAUCACUGCCGAGGGUGGCUUGCUGGACCUCGCGCGGCAAGAUAUAGGUGUGAAAUUGUUGGGGAAUAAGCUUUCUCUAAGAAUUGACAAGAUUUACGUUGGAAAACCAAAGAUUAGCGAGAGGGAUAAGACUACGCUGAGGAGAGAGAUUUUACCUGCAGAGUGUAGGGAGAGACAUAUCACCUACCGAGGGAAACUCUCGGUGAAACUGGGAUUGAGGAUUAAUGAUGGCCCGUGGGUAUCGCAGGAUCGGGAGGUGGGGAAUAUUCCAAUUAUGGUGCGGUCAAACCGAUGCCACCUAGAAAACCUCGCCCCACACGACCUCGUCGAACGAAAAGAAGAGUCGGAAGAACUAGGCGGGUACUUCAUCGUCAACGGCAUCGAGAAGUUAAUCCGUCUGCUCAUCGUACAGCGCCGGAACCAUCCAAUGGCUAUCAUUCGACCUUCCUUCACCGGCAGGGGAAAGUCUUACACAAAUAUGGGAAUUCAAAUCCGUUGUGUGCGGCCGGACCAGAGUUCGCAGACUAAUGUCCUUCAUUACCUCAAUGACGGAAAUGUCACGUUUCGCUUCUCGUGGCGGAAGAAUGAGUACCUUGUCCCAGUCAUCAUGAUCAUGAAGGCUCUUGUCGAGACCAACGAUCGGGAGAUCUUCGAUGGGUUGCUGACGACGAAGGAUAUGGAGAAUACGUUUUUGACGGAUCGGGUGGAGUUGUUACUUAGGACGUUCAAGGGGUAUCAGCUGCUCACCCAGAAGGAGAACUUGCAGCACUUGGGUGAGAAGUUUAGGAUUGUGAUGGGGGUGUCGCCGGAUCUGAGUGAUGUAGAGGUUGGGAGGGAGUUCUUGAAAAAAAUUGCUUUGGUACAUCUUGAGGAUCCUAGGGAUAAAUACCGGUUGCUGCUGUUCAUGGCUCGGAAGCUGUAUGCCUUAGCGGAGGGGACGUGUCAGGCGGAUAAUCCUGAUGCCAUUCAACAUCAGGAAGUUCUCCUCGGAGGGUUCCUCUAUGGCAUGAUUAUUAAAGAGCGCGCAGAGGAGUAUUUGGAAUCGAUUGUGAGAGAGGUACAGAGAGAGGUCCAAAGAGGUAACGUGCUGGAUUUCAAUAAUAAGGAGCAUCGAACAAGGAUGUUCCAGCGGACGAGUGAGAAUAUAGGAAAAAGUCUGGAGUAUUUUAUCUCCACCGGAAAUUUAUCUUCUCCUAGUGGUCUAGAUUUACAGCAGGUUUCGGGAUUCACCAUUGUGGCGGAAAAGAUCAAUUUUUAUCGUUUCAUUUCGCAUUUCAGGAUGGUGCAUAGAGGUAGCUUCUUUGCGCAGUUGAAAACCACCACUGUUCGAAAGUUGCUGCCUGAAAGUUGGGGAUUCUUAUGCCCGGUGCAUACGCCCGACGGAAGUCCUUGUGGAUUGCUCAACCAUCUCGCGCAUAAAUGCCAAGUCAUAACUGCUCCUUCGGAUGUUUCUUCUAUUCGCAAGACUCUUGUUUCGCUAGGGGUUACAUCACCAGCCACUUCACCUCUUCCUCACUCUGCGACACUGUGUGUUCAGCUAGAUGGGUGUAUUGUAGGUUGGUGUUCACCAAAGCUCGCGAAUGUAGUCGCGGAUACUCUGCGAUUCUGGAAGGUUGAGGGGAGCCACGGCGUACCACUUGACUUGGAAAUCGGAUAUGUUCCUAUAUCUCGGUGCGGUCAAUACCCCGGUAUCUACCUUUUCUCACAGCAGGCGCGAAUGAUCCGGCCAGUCAAGUAUCUACCUCUGGAUAAGGAGGACCUGGUCGGCCCAUUCGAACAGCCGUAUGAGAGUCAACACAUGUUGAAUUCGAUCCCACAAAUAUUUUAUCCAUCGUUGCGAACAUGA